AUGGGCAGGCGAGCUUUAGGAAGUGUGUUUUGUGCUGCUUUUUCUUGGAAGCUGCUUCAGCCGCAGAGCUUUGCACUGCGUGCCAUGAGCUCCCCCAUGGCACGUGUCACUGGCUUGUCACCAGGGCCCUAUCCAGUGGGCGUCACCACCAUGCAACUGAAUGAUGUAAGCCGACAAGAAGAGUCCAGACCUAGAAGUUUGCAGACAGAGAUUUGGUAUCCGGCCACCGAUGAGACAAGGGGUUUGCCUCCCAACCGCUUUUCAGAGUUCCUAGGCCGGGGUGUUAUUCCUGGCAGUAUCGAGGCAGCUGAAGACAAAGAUGCCAUUGGAGGAUAUCGCAGUGGCCUCACUGUCAAAGAGCUGGACGAGACGUGGCCCAACGAAGCGGUUCGAGACGCUCGAGUCAGAGAUCCGUUGGAGACCAGUACUUCGCAUGGAUGGCCUUUAGUGAUUUUUUCCCAUGGUUCUGGUGCGUAUCGUGCAAGCUACAUUUUCUGGACUGAGUUCUUAGCCUCUCAGGGUUUCAUCGUUAUGGCCUGUGAUCAUCCUGGCAGUGCGCGCUAUACGCAGGUCAAUGGACAAGUGGUCAAGCCAGGUGGGGCCCGCAGUGAGCGAGCGCAAAUGGAAGCAGAUCGGCCUAAAGACUUGAUGUUUUUGCUCAACACGAUGUCCCAGCUUGCAAAUGGCCAGGACAGCCGUUUCAGCGGCCGGGUGGAUGUGAACAACACAGCCGUCACUGGGAUGUCAUUUGGUGGGUGGUCGGCAGCCAGCUGCUUGGAAGAGGGAGACUCCCGUAUUAAGGCAGCCGUGAUGAUGUGUCCUUCUUUGAUGUCUGCGGGCGGACGUAUUAUGAAAGACAGAAGCAACCUUGAGACACCGGUGAUGAUGAUGAUCGGAACAGAGGAUACGGUGCUAGGUGCUGAGGGCAACGAUGCCUGUCGCGAAUAUGCCUUGAAGCCCAAAGGUUCCAGCUAUUUGUUGGAGAUUAAGCUGGGAGGCCAUUGCAGCUUUACCAGUUGCGACCUGUACAAUCCAGCAUACGGAAAUGGCAUCGGUGAAAGCAAAAGUCUUACAAAGCCUGGAGAGAUGUACGAGGCACUGGACAUCACGAAGCAACAUGAGAUCAUCAAUACAUAUGGCUUGGCUUUUCUGGACAAGUACCUGCGUGGUGGUGAUGGCAAUGUCUUGAAGCAGAAUCAGUUUGAGGGGCACAUGCUAUAUCGCAUGUAG